AUGUUAAAAUUUAUUUUUGGGGUUAUUUUUAUUUUUUUUUUAUUAUUUUAUAAAAAUGUAUUUUGAAUAGUUCAAAAUACAUUAUUUAUAUUUUCUUUUAUUUUUAUAUUGAAAAUUAGAUUUUUAAGUUAUUUUUGUAGAAUUUCUUAUUAUUUUGGUAUAGAUAUAAUUUCUUAUGGAUUAAUUUUAUUAAGAUUAUGAAUUUGUUCUUUAAUAUUAAUAGCAAGAGAAAAAAUUUUUUAUGGAAAUAAUUAUAGAAAUUUAUUUUUAUUAGUGAUUAUUUUUUUAUUGUUAAUAUUAAUAUUUACUUUUAGAUCAAUAAGAGUAUUUAUAUUUUAUUUAUUUUUUGAGAGAGAAUUAAUUCCAACUUUAUUUUUAAUUUUGGGUUGGGGUUAUCAGCCUGAACGUUUACAAGCAGGUAUUUAUUUAUUAUUUUAUACUUUGUUAGCUUCAUUACCUUUAUUAAUUGGAAUUUUUUAUGUUGAAAAUAUUAAUAAAACUAUAAGAAUUUAUUUAUUAAAUUAUAAGUAUUUAUGUAAUUUUAAUUUUUUAUAUUUAUGUUUAGUAUUUGCUUUUUUAGUUAAAAUACCAAUAUUUUUGGUUCAUUUAUGAUUACCUAAGGCUCAUGUAGAAGCUCCUGUUUCUGGUUCUAUGAUUUUAGCGGGAAUUUUAUUAAAGUUAGGGGGUUAUGGUUUAUUACGGAUUUUUUCUAUAUUACAAAUUUUAGGAAUAAAAUUUAAUUUUUUUUGAAUUAGAAUUAGAUUAAUUGGAGGGGUUUUAGUAAGAUUAAUUUGUUUAUUUCAAAUAGAUUUAAAGUCAUUAAUUGCUUAUUCUUCUGUUGCUCAUAUAGGAAUUGUAUUAAGAGGGUUAUUAACUAUAAGAUAUUGGGGAUUGAAUGGUUCUUAUACAUUAAUAAUUGCUCAUGGUUUAUGUUCUUCAGGAUUAUUUUGUUUAGCAAAUAUUUCUUAUGAACAAAUAAGAAGACGAAGAUUAUUAAUUAAUAAAGGAAUAUUAAAUUUUAUACCUAGAAUAUCAUUAUGAUGAUUUUUAUUAUGUUCAGGAAAUAUAGCAGCACCUCCUACAUUAAAUUUAUUAGGGGAAAUUUCUUUAAUAAAUAGAAUUGUAAGAUGAUCUUGAAUUUCAAUAAUUAGAUUAUCUUUUUUAUCUUUUUUUAGAGCUGCUUAUACUUUAUAUUUAUUUUCUUAUAGACAACAUGGUAAAAUUUAUUCUGGUAUUAAUUAUUUUUUUUCUGGAACAAGUCGAGAGUAUUUAUUGUUAAUAUUACAUUGAUUGCCUUUAAAUAUUUUAAUUAUAAAAAGAAAUUUAUGUAUAUUAUGACUUUAA